AUACGCAGAACCAUCGAACCGAGCCAGGGGGCAAAUCACGCCGAGGGGGAAGGGCGUUCGCUCACGCUCCGCUCGCUCUAGCAUGUCUUUCUGAAGAAGAGAGUGGAGAACGCGGCCGAGAGAGAGAAAAAGAGCGAGGGGGGGGGAAUAAAAGAGAGAGAGAAAGAGGUGAAGAAAAGAAUGGGGGGAAGAGAAGAAGCAAAGGAGGAGCGGAGCGGCGGCGGCGGCGCUGGUGGGAAGCUGGCAAGGAGAUCCUUCCUGCGGAGGGUGCAACCCACGCCGUACGACCGCCCGCCGAGGAUUGCUUCUGCUGCUUCCGGGGAGGAGGGGCGAGAUGGAUGGCUCUCCAGGCUUCUUAUUCGCCGCGCUUCCAGACUGCUCCCUUCCCUCUUUUCCUCCUCUCCCUGGCCCCAAGACUCUCCGGCCUCCCCCGAAGAGGAGCAAGAAGGCUUUGAUGGAGUGUCUACAAUCAUUUCUGAUAAUCAAUUUGAAGAAUCAAAAGUCCCAGAUGCUUCUGUUGAAUCAGAGUAUCCUUUUCCUGGCCCUGAAGCUGGCAAAGUUUUAGAAAACAGAGUACCAAAUGCCCGUGAUCUGAAUGGGCUUGCUGAAAUUGAGCAGCGGUUGAAACAGAAAAUGUUCUCUAGAGAUGAAACGAACCGGUUAAUAGAGUUGCUAAAAUCCAGGACAACUGAAUUUCCAAAUGAUGAUGGGCAUUCUGGAGGUUUCAUUGCUAAAGCUACAGAAGGUGCAUCGGGCCCACAAGAUCUAAUCACAUCUGGAGAACAUGCAUUGCAGUCAGAUUAUCAGAUGACUCCAAAGAUUUUUUAUUCUCACCACUCCAAAGCACAUGAUGUUGGUUCCUCACCGGUUGAAAUUGCAAGAGCUUACAUGGAAUCUUUAACAUCUGCUUCUGACCAUGAUUCUCGAAGUGGAAAAUCAAAGAUUGAGAAAAAUUCAGUUGACAAUGACAUAUCUUCACCCAAACUGCCCCCAUCAGCUGCGAAGACACCCAUAUGUUGGCCAGGUGCAGUUGUACCCAGCCAUCACUACUAUCUUACUCCUCAAACUCAAAGAGGCAGGACCGGGCUUCACAGUUUCCCCAGGAUGCCUUAUUCUGGUUCUGUGUUUUCGAGAUCUACUUCCAAGGCAAAAAGAGUUUUAAAUGAUGGGUUCACAUCAGUUGGCCCUCUCCAUCAAAUCCAUCAGAAGAAUGUGCCAACUGCUUGCAAAGGACCAGGUCCAUCUGGUUUUGCUACUUCUUUCUCACUGCCAUCAGGGCCUUCUGAAAAAGGUGCAUCAAAGGGUACCGUGUUGGAAUUUCACUGUGCCAAAGCAAAUGAUGAAAGUUGCAGGUAUAUGGUCGGUUCUUCAACUGUUCAUCCACAAUCCAGUGCAGCAGCUCGCAAAAUAUUAAGGCGCCUUGAAAGAACUGUUCCUCCCCCCCAAGAGAAAUCACUGCACUUGAAGAAGCUGGAUAUAGCAGGGAUGAAGGUUCCUUCAAUGCCUUAUACUCCUGUGAUGGGCGGCCAGGGUGACAGGUUCAAUGCAAGUGUCUCUGAUGAUCAAAAACUAGGCAGCUUAUUUGGAAGGAAUACUGGUGAACAAGAUUAUGUAGAUGCACAAAAGGUUUUGCCUGGGCUAUAUAUGAGCAAAAUUCAUGAGGACAAGUUGUUGUCAUGCCCAUCGCAGAGCAGUGAACAAGGCAACACCACUGCUGGCUCUGAGGUGUUUCAGAUACCUGGUCCUGUGCGUCAUUCCUCUGGUUUCAAGCCAACCUUGUCCUCUCUCUUUACUACCAAUCCGACCAGUAAAAGUUCUGAUAAUGGCUGCAGCUUUGCAUUUCCUGUUUCUGUAACUUCAAAUUCCUCUUCAGAACCACCACCAACACCCACCAUCACUAAAUCUCAAACAGUGAGCAGAAUGUCCAGCAACAGCGAAGGAAGCAUUCCAUCAUUUAGUUUUGGUUCAUCUACUGUUGAUGGUGGCCUUGUUUUCUCAUUUGGUUCCAUUGCCAGCUCCACUUUAACUGAGACUGCAAGCCCAGAGUUCAAGUUUGGAUCUAAUGAGAACAGCAGGUUAUCUUUCAAGUCACUUAGCAGGGAUGCCAUUUGCUAUUGAUAGUACUGGAAAAAUAUAUAAUUUUCUUCUGUCCUUUCUAAGCUGGAUUUGGUUUUUUUCUAUUGAUAGUACUGUUAUUCCAGUAGUUCAUUUAGGGUUUUGAUGGGUGUUGCAUUCUAGUUGUCAAUAUUCAGUUUUGUGGAAUGUGUACAACUACAGUAAUGAUGACGAUUCUUUUUCGAGGGAAGUAUUCGUAGCAAUUCUCUUUUGGAUUU